AUGCCUGAAAACAAGACAAUUUCCUGUUCUUUCAUUGGAGGUGAUCAAGCCAAGAAAAACAAUGCCACAUCACAAGCUUUGGUUCUAUUUGGUGCCCCUAAGGAAGCCAUUGAGAUUUUUCAUGAAAAUAAAAUGACAAAUACUGAAGGGGUGAAUGAAGGCAUUUACUUUAGUUACCCAUGUCGACGUCAAAGCUGUGCUUUAGUAAACAUCCCAGCACCAUGUGUCAACAAAAUGAUUUCACACAUUGAAAAUGUGGAAUCUAAAAUACAAGAGCAUUUGAAACGGUUUGAAACUUCUCUUGAAGAAUGGAGCAGAACUUCUUCCACAAAAGAGUGGAAGGAAGAUUGGAGUAUUGCUACACCAAUGAAAGAGGUCAAACCAGAAGAAGAAAGAGAUGAAAGGUGUCCAGAAUUAAAGCAGGAAAUGGAAAUAUUGCUAUCAGAGGCCAUUCAUCUCAUUAAAAGUCUAGAAACUGACCGUGCAGAAGCUGAAGAAGCUUUAAAACGACAAAAGUCAAGAAAGAAAAAGAUUCACAUGAAAAUUGAUUCUUGGUCAAUUUGGAGACUUCAAGAAAUCCCACUAGCUGUGCAGAAAGAACAUGAGGCCUAUUUGAGAGAUAUUGUAGAAUUACAAUGGCAUCUUGAAGAUAGAGCUUAUCAGCUAAAACAUUUUGAGGAACAAAAGGUGAAAUUGGAGGAAGCUAAUGCAAAGCUUCAAACAGACACAGACUACAUGAAUGCACGCGGUCCUCUAAUUAACUCAAAGCAGAACCAAGAACUUGAAACUCUGAAAGAAUUUUAUAUAAAAAAAUUUGAGGUAAUGGAAUUAUACAAACAAGUUCAGGAAGAACUUGCAGAAGCUAUAGAAAACUAUAAGAAUGCCAAAUUGAAGGCUAAACAAAUGAAACAAGACAUGGAAAAAGAUAUUCAUAAUGAUGAAGCAAGCCUAGAAGCCUACAAGAGAGAGAUAGAUAAACUGAAUUCUCUACAUAGUCACUACGAUACAGCAAUAGAAAAUGUUAAUGUUAGUAUCGAGGAGAAUGAAGAGGUAGUGACUGAAGUAUUGAGGGAAACAAAGACAUCAAGAAAUGAAUUAUCUGCUUUAUCAAAAAUGCUAGACAAUUUGAAAAAAAAUUAUGAUCAACUAGCCUGGAAGAGAAAAAGUUAUGAAAAGGAAUAUCUGGAAGCAUUCAAUAAUUAUUAUGCAACAAAACAAACAUGGGAUAUUGAGCUUUCUAAUGUUGCAAAAGACCUUUCAGAUAUUUCAAUUGCAUAUACUCAUUCGGCAGAAGAAAACAGAAAGCUUGGAAUUGAUAUUGAAACCAUGGCAGGUCUUAUCAAUGACAGUAUAAGAAAAAAAUCAGAGUUUGAGUCUGAAAUCCAAUCUUUGAUGAAACUAAGGGGAAAAAAUGAUGAAUUUAUUAAGCAACUCUACAGGCAAGCUUAUCACCUUGGUGCUAUUUUCCACCUAACCAAAUUUAAAACAGAGGAAUUAGAGGACAAAAUAGCAGAAGUGAGAAGAAAAUUCAAGGGUAGAGAAGAAUUCUUGAAAAGACUUAUUCGAAGUGAAGUGACUAAUGGAAUGAUGAUUCAGAAAAAAUUGUAUUCCAUUCAAGAAGAACAGAUCCUUGAGAGACAGGAUCUUAUGGAAAAGAAAGCAACGUACACCCUAGCACUGGCGGAACUAGAGACACCGCUGCUUGAACUAGAAGAAGAUGCCGCAAAAAUCAGAACUGCCCACAAAAAGCAUGCUGACACAUUAAAUGAUAUAAUUGAGAAAAGAGAAAAUGUUAAAAGAAAUGUGGAAAGAACAAAGAAAAAUUUGAGAAAAAAAGGGAAGAAAACUCGUGAUGCAAUAAUAGAAACUGAGGAAAAACGCUCAAUGAUUUUUAAAGAAAUAAAGACCACUAAAAGUAAAACAGUUAUUUAUCAUGCAAAAAUAGAUCAAUUGAAUAAGGACUUAAAAGAAAAAGAGAAGGAAAAGAAUAUUUUGGCUCAGACACUUGAGCAAUUAAAGAACCACUAUAUAACUACAAAAUAUAAAAAGGAAUAUGCACAAGCUGUGUUUGAUCAGCUCGUAAGUGAGAAAAAAACCUGUGAAGAGAGACUCUAUGAAGAAGAACAGAGAUACAGAACACUCAUUACCAUGAGGCAAAAAACUCUGGCAGAUAUUAAAAAAAUACAAGAUGAUUCACUCGAAGAAAAUUUGCGUUUAGCUCAAGAAUAUCAGGAAUUACAGACUACUUUCUUAACAGAAAAGGACAAUUAUUUCAAUCUAUAUGAUAGACAGUUAUCACUUGAUGCUUCAAUUCAAGCUAAGAAACAGCUCUGUCAGCUGCAAAGAAGGAUACACAAGGUGUGGCAGAAUCACUUCAAACUGGUGGUCCUCUGCGGCCAGAUGAGGCUGGCCAAGUUCCAGACAGACUCUCAAGAGAGUAUUCAGAAAAUAUUAGCUGUGCAGGCUUUGCAGAUGCCAUUCAGCUGUUUAAGAGAUACCGUCAACAGUUGCCUUGUGUUGCUUUUGUGUGAAACCUCCUUCAGUGAAAAGGACACUUAUGUUUAUUUUAUUUACCUGUUUGCUUUCCCCUUCCAUUUUGAAAGAGGCCCGUCCUCUUCAGAUUUGGAGAUAACUGUCUUUGAAAAAUAA